AAGAAGGAUCGAUCCUAUAUCGCGUCCGCAACUUUCCCUUGUGGCCGAGCUCAGUGCGCGUGCGCUCCGUGGCCUCGCCCAGCGCCCGAAGCCUCGCCCCCAGCCCGGGGCCCCUGUAGUGCUCAGUUCCCGCCGCCGGCGCGUGAGGCUGGGUUGUGUGCUGAUGGGGCUCCGCGUGGGCGGGCGCGCAGCGCGGCCGUUGGAGCUAAGGAGGACGGGCGCCGGAAGCGGUGGGGAAGGGUGAAGGUGAAGUGCCAGUGGCGGCGGUACUCGCGGGUCGGGCGCCUUCUCCUCCACAGCGGCAAAGGAGCUGAGCGUAACAGACAGAAGUUCCACAGGAGUACAGAAGCUGAAAGCAUGGAGACGUAGUUGUUAAAGAUCCUCUUCCCAAAAAGUAUGUGUCUGGCUGUGCCUAAUAAGCUCUUCAGAGAUUUCCCAGUGACAGUGGUGGAAGAACUUAGCCAUGUAUAUACAGCAAAACACACAAGAGGAUUGCUAAAGCGAAAGUUUCUAAAGGAUCAGAAGAUGAAGCAAGAUAGGAAGGUUAACCUACGAAUAACCACGCUGGAUAUUGGAAUUGGAUAUAAAGGAUAGACUUUAGAAAAACCGACCAGUUGAUUAAGUGGUCACAGUUGUGACACGGCCUGAGCCGGGUGUCGCCUCAGGCGUGGUCCGUGCACCGCAGCGGCUGAGUGAACGUGAACUUGACAUCUACACCUGAACAUCACCCGCAUCCCACGGAAACGGGCGGUGUGUUGGCACUCCCUGCGGGAAUUGCUCGGCACGGAAGUGACGCGCGGGCGGGAAGUGACGGCGGCGGCGGCGGGAGCGCGGGAGCGCGGGGCCGGUGUGGGCCAUGAACAGCCGCCUGCAGGAGAUCCGCGAGCGGCAGAAGCUCCGCCGCCAGCUCCUCGCUCAGCAGCUGGGGGCCGAAAACGCGGACAGCAUCGGCGCCGUGCUCAACAGCAAGGAUGAACAGCGGGAGAUCGCGGAAACCAGGGAGACCUGCAGGGCUGCUUAUGAUACUUCUGCACCAAAUGCAAAACGUAAAUAUCCAGAUGAGGGAGAAGCUGAUGAGGAAGAGAUUGAAGAAUAUAAGGAUGAAGUAGAGCUGCAGCAAGAUGAAGAAAACCUGCCUUAUGAAGAAGAGAUUUACAAAGAUUCCAGUACCUUUCUUAAGGGCACUCAGAGCUUAAAUCCACACAAUGAUUACUGCCAGCACUUUGUGGAUACAGGACACAGACCCCAGAACUUCAUCAGAGACGUUGGCUUAGCAGAUAGGUUUGAAGAAUAUCCAAAACUUAGAGAGCUCAUCAGAUUGAAGGAUGAGCUGAUAUCUAAAUCUAACACUCCUCCCAUGUAUUUGCAAGCAGACUUGGAAGCCUUCGAUAUUAGGGAACUGAAGUCCAAAUUUGAUGUGAUUCUCCUGGAGCCACCAUUGGAAGAAUAUUACCGAGAGACUGGCAUUACUGCCAAUGAAAAAUGCUGGACCUGGGAUGACAUCAUGAAAUUGGAAAUUGAAGAAAUUGCAGCCCCAAGGUCAUUUGUGUUUCUGUGGUGCGGCUCAGGCGAGGGUCUGGAUCUCGGCCGAGUGUGUCUGCGCAAAUGGGGUUACAGAAGAUGUGAGGACAUUUGCUGGAUUAAAACAAAUAAGAACAACCCUGGCAAGACCAAGACUCUAGACCCCAAGGCUGUCUUCCAAAGAACCAAGGAGCACUGCCUCAUGGGCAUCAAGGGCACCGUGCGCCGCAGCACCGACGGGGACUUCAUCCAUGCCAAUGUUGACAUUGACCUCAUCAUCACUGAGGAGCCUGAAAUCGGCAACAUAGAGAAACCUGUGGAGAUUUUUCACAUCAUUGAGCAUUUCUGCCUUGGGCGACGGCGGCUUCACCUCUUCGGGAGAGACAGCACAAUUCGACCAGGUUGGCUGACAGUGGGACCCACUCUCACAAACAGCAACUUCAACGUGGAAACGUAUUCUUCGUAUUUCACGGCUCCCAAUUCCCACCUGACUGGCUGCACUGAGGAGAUCGAGAGGUUGCGGCCCAAGUCCCCGCCGCCCAAGUCCAAGUCUGACCGGGGUGGAGGUGCUCCCAGGGGAGGAGGAAGAGGAGGUACUUCAGCAGGACGAGGAGAAAGGGGCAGGGAGAGGAACAGAACCAACUUCCGCAGUGAGCGGGGCGGCUUCAGAGGGGGCCGUGGAGGGACCCAUCGAGGGGGCUUCCCCACCCGCUGAGGAGGUGACGGCUGCUUCCCCUGCUUACGCCUUGUCUGGGAAUCUUUCCUGUAGUCUUGUUUUUCCUACAGUGAAUUCCUCUGGGGACUCAAGCUAGAUGACUGUUACAAUUGUUUUUGGUGCACGCCAUUCCAGACAGUCGGAGUUGCAGUCUGGCACAGCCCCUCACCUGGCCAUGUCCUGCAUGGGCAGCACUGAACUCAGAGCAGAGAGCACCAGCCCUUCAUACCAUGGGUAGGAUGGAAAUGACCCCCUUGCUCUCUGCUUAGGAACCUUGCAACGUGGAGACUUCUUUUUUGACUUCAUUUUCUCCAAAACGUGGAUUCCUCCUUUGUCUUUGGAGGUUUGGGUUUGGACUGACUUGCAUUAAUAUGAUGGAGCAGGCAUGAAAUGCAGUUCUGAAUUGCAUGGCUACAGCAGACUUGCUGUCCUAUGGAAGAAAAAUUGCUGUGUCUGUAUUGACACUUAUUUUAACUUCUCUGAAAUGAAGGAGCAAAUGAAAUAAAUAGAAUUCUAUUUUUUCUUA